UGCUCGGUUCAUUCUGAUGCAAAAAGAAAAACAGUCUUGUCGCUGUCGACUAGGUCUGAUUGUAUUGAUAGUAAUGUCGGUCAUCAAUCGAUUAGGGAAGGAGAAGGGCCAUAACCCUGCAUUAAUCUGGGAAUCUCAGCAUCGUCGUCGUCGUGUUGCCGGCGACGAUCAAGUCGACGGCGCCAUCAACCUCGACAAUGGAUGGAUAAAGGGAACUCCUCUUUCCACCCUCCGUAACUUCCAUUUCUAACCAUCACAAUACUAUGCCUUGCAAUUUUUUCUAUUACUUCUUAACCAACUUUUCAAUUCCCAAUCAUGAUUUGUAGAUCUGCUUGGGCGGGAGAAUCUAUGGAAGGAGUUCAACAAGAUCAAUUAGGAAGUCUCUAAGCUUAAGCGUUUUCCAUACCCAAAAAACAGAGCAAACUAUGUAGUUGAAGGCAUCUUCUUACGGUGUUUGAGUAUAUGGAGAAAAGGAUGUUGACCUUCCCUAUUAAUGCUCCAAGCAACAUUCUCCAAUGUUUGGUGGAUCUAGUGAAAAACGAAGCUCAAUACUUAUGUUGUUUGGAGAAUCAUGUUGAAAAUUUUGAGAGAAAAAAGAAAAUACUUGCUGCAAAACAACAGGAUGUGAAGAUAAAUAUUGAAAAUGCUAGUGGUGUUUCAAGAGUUAAGAAUGAAGCUCAGCAAUGGAUACAUGAAGCUGAUAGUCUUAUUGAAGUUGACACAGAAACAAAGAAGAAAUGGUUUUUUGGCUUGUGUCCUAAUUGCUACCGGCAAUACCAUAGUGGAAAGGAGUUGGCAAAGAAGACUUUGGAGAUUGAUGAGCUAUUGGGAAGAUGUAGUUUCAACAUAGUGGGAGGUCCAGUUGAUCUUCCAAGCUUAAAAUACCAUUCAUUACCAAGCUUUAUUGACUUCGAGAGCAGAAAGUUGAAAUUUCAAGAUUUGUUGGAGGCAUUAGAAGAUGAAAAUUGCAAUUUGAUUGGAUUGCAAGGCAUGGGGGGCACAGGUAAAACCUCAAUGGCAAUAGAAGUAGGUGUUAAACUUGAAGAAUCCAAAUAUCAUAGCGUCAUCCUUCUUGAUGUGUCUAAUCCUCCAGAUUUCAAAAAGAUUCGUGGUGAAAUUGCAAGGCAUUUGAAUUUAACAUUAGAGGAAGGAAAGGAAAAAGAACAUUCAAAGACAAUAUGGUCUAGAAUUACUAAUAAGAAAGAAAAGCUUCUUAUAAUACUAGAUGAUGUAUGGGAAGAGUUUGAUCUUAUAAAAGACAUAGGCAUUCCAUCUAGCCACCAGCACAAGGGUUGUAGUGUAUUGAUAAUUAGUCGUAAUUUGAAUGUUUGUGAAGUAAUGGGUUGUCAAAGGAUGAUUCAACUAGAUAUGCUAGUUGAUAAGGAAGCAUUUAAUCUUUUUCUAAUACAUGCCAAUACUUCCUCAAGUCGUUUGAAGGGCAUAGCACAAAACAUUGUGAAGCAGUGUGGAGGUUUACCAAUUGCAAUUGUAGCAGUAGCAAGAGCUUUAAGAAAUCGACCUUUAGCAAUUUGGAGGGAAGCUUUGAAAACCUUGCAAAAUUCCAAGUCAAUGAUUGAUGUUAAUCAAAAUUUGACGAAGAUUUAUAAAUGUUUGAAGUUAAGCUAUGAUAAUCUAAAGAAUGAGAAGGCAAAAAAACUCUUUUUGAUAUGUUCUAUUUUCCCAAAAGAUUUUGAAAUUUCUGUAGAACUUUUGAGUAGAAUUGGUAUUGGAGUAGGGCUUUUUGGGGAAGUGGAGAAAUACUGUACAACAAGAAGCAAAGUGCUUGCGGCUAUACAAGAACUUGUGGAUUCUUGUUUAUUAUUGAAUCUUCAAGAUGGGUUGGUAAAGAUGCAUGAUUUAGUUCGUGAAGUGGCCUUAUGGAUAGCUGACAAAGACAUUCAAGUGAUCAUGGAUUUUAAGACAACUAUAGAAGCCAAUCUGCGAUAUUUGUUUUGGAACUCUGAAGACUUUCCCAAUCAAUUUGAUGGCACGAAUUUGGAGAUUUUUAUAAUAAAUGUAAAUGGUUCAGAGGAUUUGAAGGUCCCAUAUUCAUUCUUCAUAGAGAUGACAAAGCUCAGAGUAUUGCAUUUAAAAUGCACUUAUGUUCACUCACAAAUUUUAGAUUCAUCAUUGUUAUACUCACUUCAAUCAUUAAUGAAUAUCCAAACUCUUUCUUUGAUGAAUUUGAAAUUAGGUGACAUUUCUAUUUUGGGAAACUUACCUAGUCUUGUGACUCUUGAGUUGAAUCAUUGUUCAAUCAUUGAAUUAUCAGAAGAAAUUUUGGGAUUAAAGAGGUUGAGAUUAUUGGAGAUAAGAGCAUGUAAAGUUAAAAUGAACAAUCCUUUUGAAGUAAUUGAAAGGUGCUCGCAACUAGAAGAGUUGUAUUUUGUUGAUAAUGGGAAUUUCAUAAAUGAAAAUAUAGAUUUUCAAAAUUUAUCUCCUCUUACAUUGCAAAGAUAUCAAAUAUCUUCUAUUGAACUUCUAGAAGAAUUUGAAAAGUAUGGUUUAAUAUCAAGAUACUUCUUUCCACAUGAUUUAAGACCUGUAAUCUCAGAGGAAACUUUUAAGCAACUUGUAGGAGCUGCUGAGCUUCUUAUAUUAGGAGGGUAUGAUGAAACAAGAUGGAAAAAUCUUGUCCCUGAUAUUGUUCAUAUGGAAUGUGGAGGCAUGAACGAUUUAAUUAUCCUUCAUAUGUAUUCCUGGCCUGACAUACAAUGCUUAAUUGAUACUAGAAAUCAUUAUUUUGAUGUGAUUGCCUUCUCCAAGUUGAUUGAGCUACAUCUCUUUGAAAUGGAUAUUGAAGAUUUAUAUCGUGGUUCUCUUCCAUCUGGCUUUCUUGAGCAACUAGAGACUAUGGAGUUAAAAAGCUGUCUAAAGUUGCAGAACAUGUUAUUUAAUGGCAAGUUAAACCUUUGUCACCUUAAGGCCAUGGAAUUGAAAGGUUGUGUAGCAUUGACAUCGAUUUUCCAACUAUCCACUGCUCGAAGCUUAGUGCUAUUGGAAGAAUUAACAAUUAAUGAUUGUCAUGCACUAGAACACAUAGUUUUCGAUGACAGCUCAAAAGAUGAAAUAGUGGGUGAUGACAAUGGUUAUGAUCAAAAGAGUCAUGACUCAUUGUUCCCAAAAUUGAAAACUCUUAGAAUUGCAAGAUGUGACAAUUUAGAAAUGAUAUUACCUGUUCUUUUUGCUAGAGGUCUUCCUCCUUUGGAAGUUAUAAGCAUAUGUGAAUGUGAGAAAUUGAAAUACAUGUUUAGUCAGUAUAGAGAGGAGGACCAUGUUUUGCAUCAAAAUGAACAGGCGGUAAUGCUCCCUUUAAUGAAAGAAAUGAAGCUCUCUAGAGUUCCAAGUUUUAUUGACAUUUAUCGAGAACAUUGCAAACUCAUGUCUUCAUCAAUGCAAGGGUCAUCAUCUUCAGUUCCAACAGAUAUUGCCAAUGAGACACUUCUGAAUCCUAAUGCACAUGCUUGCUCUUGGGCUCCUAUAUGCUGUUUUCCACAUGAAUCUAAGGCCACAAGCGAAGAGACUAAGGCCAGUGCUACUAUUUCUAAGGAGGAGAAAUUGGCUGACCUGACAACCCCCCUGGGAUUAUAUAAUACAGCUCAAUGCAUUACGAGACAAUUGUUCCACUUUCGUAAUAUCAAGAAGAUGAAACUUGUAAACUUUCCAAAUUUAUUAUCAUUGUUCUCCCUGUCCAUUGCAUCAAUGAUAAUGUGGGAAGAAUUGACAAUUGAAAAGUGGGAUGAUUUAAAGCACAUGAUAACAAAUGAUGUAGAUGAUCGUAAUGAUCAGAUCACCUAUAAGUCCAUUUUCCCAAAAUUAGAGAAGUUGGAAAUUUGGGAUUGCAAGGAUUUAGAAUUUUUAUUUCCAUCCACAUUAUUUGGAGGACUAAAAAAUUUAAAAUUUUUGACUAUCAAGAAUGCUCCUGAGCUUAAAUAUAUUUUUGGGAAAUACCCUCUUGAGGAUCAUUUGUUAAAUUUGAAUCAAAACGAUGAGCUUCAAUUUGAUCUCCCAGCUUUGGAGGUCCUUUGCCUUGGAGAUGUACAAAAGAUCAUUAGCAUUUGUGCCAUGAAUUAUUACUUGACAUGGCCGUCUCUACAUAUGGUUGUUCUAGAGAAUUGCAACAUUGAAUCUUUCACUGAUUUGAUGGUUUGUUCAGAUGAAGGACGAUUGAAGUGGAAAGCUAUGAAGGAAUUAGAUGCAUCAAGAGGUGGGAUUCCUCCUUUUCAAGCAUCUCAAAAUCCUUUGCUUCAACCACUGAACAAUAUUAGAACAAUGAGACUUGUGAGUUGUUCACGCUUAGUAUCAUUGCUAGCUCUACCCAUUGCAUCAAAGAUUUUAUUGGAAGUUUUGAUAAUUGAAGAAUGUCAUGAACUGAAGUGCAUAGUAGCAGAUGAGGAAGACGCUCAAGCUCUCAUGAACUUCAAUUCUAUAUUCUCAAAGUUGAAAGAGUUACAUGUUUCAAGAUGCCGUACACUAGAAUAUUUAUUUCCAGCAUCUUUGUUUAGAUCUCCCACACAUUUGAAAUAUGUGACCAUCGCUCAUGCUCCUAAGUUGAAAUAUGUGUUUGGAACGAGCCAUCAUGAAGAUUCAUCUCAUGAGAGUCAAAAUAUUGAGGCUUAUAUUGAUUUCCCAGUUUUAGAAAGCUUAAACCUUGAAGUUAUACCAAAUCUUGUCAGCAUUUUCCCUCAAAACUACUAUUUGACAGGGCUGUCUCUAAAGUCUAUUGUUUUGGAUAUGUCUCCUGAGUUUAUUAUUAAAUCUUUUACUGAUUUCAUGAGUGGUCGGCAUGCAAGUCAAUGUGAUUCCACAACCUCAAAGGUAAUUGAGAAUCGCAUACAAACUAUGACAGAUCUUACAGUACAUUACUCCAAUGUAGAAGACAUUUUUAAUUUGGCACAGUCGAAGGUUGAGAGAAAUAGGGAAGGACUUGAACCAGUGACAUCAAGCUUAGAAUACUUGACUUUGGGAAACCUUAGUGAGUUAAGGAAUAUAUGUGAGGGCCCAAAAUAUAUUUUAAGCCUCAACAAUCUUAAGAAACUAAAUAUUACAUCAUGCAAAAAGCUUAAAACUGUCUUCUCUAUCUCCAUAUUGAAAAGUCUGCCUGAGUUGUGGAAGCUAGAGAUAUCUGACUGUGAAGAACUAGUUCACAUUGUUGGAGAGGAUAUUGAGGAAAAUGCUAGUGAUCGUUUGUCUCAUGAGCCAUGCUUUCCGAAAUUACAUGAACUGCAUGUUAAGUCUUGUAACAUGUUGAAAUACCUGUUCUCUAUCUCAAUGUCUGGUAUACUUCCCAACCUUAUGUUUUUGAGCAUAAAAGAAGCCUCCAAGCUUAAACAUGUAAUUAUUUCACAUGUUGAGAUGAAAGAGAUGGUGAUGACAGAUGUGCUUCCAGAGCUAUAUUAUCUGAUUUUUGAGGAACUUCCUAGUCUUGUUGAUGUUUGCCAUGGGAUUGAUUUUCAAGCUGUACGCAUAUCUUCUGAAGUAUAUAAUUGUCCUAAUUUUUCUUUUUAUGAAAAUAGUACUACACAUCUUCAAGUUGGCCUUGAAAAUCUAGAUUCUAAAGUUCAGGUGGCAAAAGACGAGAAUCUUUCUUCGCAUCUCAAUACCCAUCAAUUUGGUAUGAGAAAAGCUGAAGGGAGCCAAGACUUGGAAACACAACAAUCUUCAAUUGGCUCACCAAACUUAACAAGGGUUGUCGAAGUGACACCUAAAGAAGGGCCAUCAUCAAAUACCUCACAUCCUUGCCCCUUGGAUUCUACAAAGCCAAUGGCAUUGGUUCCUAUGAGUCCCAUUCUCAUUGCCCUUCCUACUGAAGGCAGUUCUUUUACAAUCAUAGAAAUUUUUGAAGAGGAAGAAGAAGAGGAAGAGGAAGGUGGUUUGAUAACUAUCUGCCGUUGCCAACGGGGCAUAAAGGAGGUGAGUUCUUUGAUACCAGAGGGUCCACAAAUCACUUGUAGAGGGGCUCCUUUACCUCUCAUCAAUGCUCCUUUGCUUGAGACUUCUAUUCAGGCUUUGCUUCAUUCAGAGGGAAGUGAUCAAGAUGAUGUUGGAACUACUAACCAGUUGAUUCGAGAAGCUGUUGAUACUAUUCAAGUUUCUAAGAACUCUAAUGCACUUGCUAUUGUCCCGAGCAAGGAUGGUAAUGUUGAAACCAUUGGGCCCCUCACCACUUUUUUUGAGCAUGCCAGUGAUGGGAUCACUGAGGAAGUGAGUCUAGUUCAAAAUGAAUGUGAGGUAAAUUCUUCGUGCUUUGAUGACGAUGAGAUCACUAGAGAGAGUGAUGCUUCUAGUUUUGAUGAACUAUUGAGGGAUGAUACUAGUGAGCACGGUGGCCAAGUAAAUAGAAGUGGGGAUUUUGGUGCUAGUCUAAGUGCCUUGGAAGGAAGAGAACGAGAGUCUUCCUAUUCUAAAGGUCGACCUAUUAAAUAUGGCAUGAAAAAGUCAGAUGUUCAGGUUUUACCACCACAGUUGCCUUCACCUUCACCUCUUUCUUCUUCUCUAGAGACGACGCCUCCUUUCUCCAUGACUGAUUAUGUUUUAACUGUUCCUGGGGUGCAAGAGAUAGUUAAUAUGAUGAAUUUAGAGGGUGUUGAGCCUUUCUUGCUUGCAAAGGUGUUUAAGAGUCACCCACAGCUACGUCUUCCUACAGAGAAUCGAAGCACUCGAAUUUUGUUCUUUUCCUAUAGAGUGUUGUUGGAUAUCUUGAACAUUUUGGCCACUAGAACUCCCUUAUCAAUCACUGAGUCAGACAAGAGGUUAUUGGCAGAAAACUUGGAGGAUGCUUCUACCCUUGGUUUUGACAACAAUUGGCUAGAGUCUAUCAAGACCAAGGUAUUUGGUUGUGAUAUAUCUGAAGCUCAUCAUGCCCUAGAGCUUCUGAAAGGAUUGGAUAAUAAGCUCAAUGCCAUUGAAAAAGAGCUUACAACUAUCUGUGAGCAGGAAGAAGAGGCUGCUUUAGCCGUGCAAGUGGCUCAAAAGGAGUUAGAGGCAGCCCAAAUCCAUCUUGACUCAGCACAACUCGAACAUGCUAAUGUUAAGACACGUCAUAGCCAGCUCUUGGAGGCACAACAACACAUUUUGGCUCAACAAGAUGAAUGUUGGGAAGCCAUUGCUGCUAAAGAUAAGCAUUUUGAUUUAUAAUUAAGAUUUUAUUGUGUGCUUUGUAUUUUGUUUUCUCUGUUGUGAUUAAUGUCAUACUUAAAGUAAGGGCCGUGAAACAUAAUGCUGCAAGAUUUGUGCUGUAUAUAGUUGUCUUUGUUCAAAGGUUAUCACAUGCAAGUAUAAACUUUACGCAUGACUUCGAUUGA